AGGUCUACCAAUACCACAGCUUCGAUUGCGCCAACGGCUCCACACCGACUUGUCUGUAGCGCGACGCCCUUCAUAUAUAUAUAUAUAUAUUUGUUUUCCUCUUCUUAUAAAGUCCUGCCCUCCUCACCGUCCGCGGCGAGGGUGCAUAGGCCUUUGUAAUUAUUAUUAUUAACAUAGCGACGUAGAACUGCCCAAAAGGAGAUCCUUUGGGGGGGUGGGGAAAGCAACACAAACGACGAAGACAGUUAAAUCAGCUGAAACUCCCACACGUGAAGGAGGAGAGACGGAAGGCGACAUUCGUUUGCAGCGUGCACAGCCUGUUCUCUCUCUCUCUCUCUGCCUCGCUGCCGCGUGUUGAUCGCUGUUUUUAAAUUUGCAAUUGUGGGCCUGUCGUAACGCCAACUUCAACGGUAGAGAUAAAGAUCAACUUUCUGUGUCUGUUUUCACAGAGUAGGUAACGCCAAAGCACAUAUUUGUUGUUCUUCGUUCCUACUCUUCGUUUUUGGGUUCUGUGUUGAAGCGUGGUGACACACCUCCCACCCAUCAUAGCAAAGGAAUUAAAAUCCUUCCCUCCCUCCCCCUAACAGGAAAAGAGACUUGAUCCGGACAGGAUGAAGGCUUCGAAGAGCAAGGAAAAGGCGGCGACAGACGCUGCGAAAACUGCGGCAGCGUCAGAGGAGGUGAAGCCUACCGAGUGCCUGACGUGGAAACUCAUCUUCUCCAUUGAUGUGCAGGUUUUCUCCUUCCUGCUCCUCAUCGCGUCGUGCAUCUUUAGCAAUGGCAUUCGCGGAGAGCUGACCUUUGACGAUCACCUAGCCAUCGAGAAGAACCACGACGCCAAUGCGAACCAGACGACGCUAUCUGAUGUGUUCUUCGACGAUUUCUGGGGGAAGUCGUUGGACCGGAUCGAGUCCAACGGGUCGUACCGCCCCAUCGUCGUCCUCACCUUUCGCAUCCAGCACUGGCUCAUGGGCUACCGCCACAGCCCAGCGUUUCUGCACUGCUUCAACUACGUGGUCGCAUUUAUGAACGUCUGCCUUGUAUACUACCUCGCCCGCCUCUACGUCUACGUCAUUGUGCCGCCGCGGGCGCUUUCACUAGAGAAGGCUAACGUGCAGUCCUUCACGGCAGUGCUGACCUCCCCGCUGCACGCGGUGCCGCUUGUGGCGUCGUUGCUGUAUCUCGUCCACCCCGUGCACGUCGACGCGGUCACCUCGAUCGUGGGCCGGUGCGAGCUGCUCUACUGCUUAUUCGGUCUCGUCGGCUUCUUCUGCGUGCAUCGGUACCUGAACCAGGUUGAGGAGCCCGCCAGCAGCAACGGCGGACGUCCUGGCGUGCCGCCGGUGGGUAAAAACGGUGGUGGUAACAGCCUGACCGCCGCGGCGAAGGCGGUGGUCGAGGACCGUCGACGAGGGGCGCAUUCCUCUGCACGCGUCUUCACCUUCCGCUACGUUGUCUUCUCCAUCUACGCGCUUAUUUUGAGCGUCCUGUGCAAGGACAGCGCCAUCACCUUCACGGCCGUGUAUGGUGUGCACGCCUGCGUUAUGUACGCCUGCAACCGGUGCAGCAGGCGGCGCAUGGGCGUUGUCAUCGGGGUAGCGCUAGUGGAGCUGGUGAGCUACCUCGCCUUCCGCCGCAACUUCGUCGGCAACGUCGACCUCAAGAAGAGCCCUUUGCUGCGCCAGACGGAGAACCCGCAGUACUUUGUGCCGGAAGGACUCUUCCACUGGCUCAGCCUUCGCUGGGUGGUCCAGGUGAAGAACAUGGAGCUACUCUUCUUCCCAACUUCCCUGUGCUGCGAGUACAGCUUCAACUGCAUUCCGCACAUGUACGACCUGCGAGACCCGCGAGUGCCGUACUUCACGGCGGUGACCGCCGUCAUCAUGGCGGCGGUGCUGUACCUGCUACACGGCACCUUUGUGCGCCGCUCGCGUGUCGCCGUCGUCGGUCUCGUGAGUUUUCUGUGGAUUGCGAUCCCGUACGCCCCGGUCAGUCACAUCUUCAUCGCCGUCGGCACCUUUAUCGCGGAGCGCUGCCUCUACGUCCCGUCGAUCGGUGCGGUGCUGCUCAUCACGUUUCUCGUCGCCGCCCCUGGUCUGCGCCGCGGUGGCGUCUCCUACUACUUUUACGCGCUGCUACUGCUCUGCGUCGGCUGGGGUGUCUUCUCGCACCGCCGCAACAACGACUGGCGCAGCGACGAGCUGCUGUUUCGGGCGGCGCUCCGGACGUGCCCGAACAGCGGCAAGGCACACGUUCAACUCGCGGCGCUGCUUUCGGAGCGGACGAGCAGGGUGACGCCGGAGAUUCUGGCGCUGGCAGAGCGCGCCGUGGAGCUCGACCCGGGCCUGCGCGACGCCUACUACUACAUUGCGUUGCACGAGGUGAACGACAAGAAGAACCCCCGGAAAGCGUACGAGUACAUCCGCAUGUGCGUGAGUGACCCGUUUUCUAGCAGGGCCUGUAGUGACGCGUACAUGCGCCUGCGGGACAUCAUGUAUCCGGCCAUGACGGAGGUGGAGCAGCUUGUGGACUUCGCCUCGCUGAGGGUGGAGGAGGCGCAGAAGGCCGUAGCGCUCCGUCAGGCUUCCAUCUACGCCCUGCAGAAGGAGCAAAAGCCAUGCCUGGCAGAGGCCCUACUCGAGAACGCGCUGGACAAGUGGAAUACCUCGAAGGUGUACUGGAUCUCGAGCAGGGUGGAACGUACGCCGGGCGAGGACACCUACUGCAACGCAAUGUAUUGGUACCCGCAGUCGAUGAUGCUGUGUGAGGAGUCGACGAAGGAAGACGACAGCGACGGCGCAGACGCGGCGUCUUCUGCGGCCCAUGCGAAUCUCGUCGUCGCCUUUGCCAGCCGAAAGACGCCCGGUCGGCCCGACCCCGCCGGGGCGGCGCGCAGGGCGGUGGAGAUCGCUGACCGGCUGCGCCUGUGUGGCACGGACUGGCGUCACGUGUCGAAGGAGCCGAAGUACUACCGCCCCACCUACUCCCUUCGCAUGACCCAAUUUUUAACGUUGAGCGACAGCGCGACGCUCUCAAUGGAGCGGUACUUAAACCUCACCGCACGCGACACACCGGAGCGGACGGCGGUGCUGCUCGCCAUGCUGGACGUCUCCGUCCGCGAGUACUGCCAUCUUUGUGACCUGAUCCACGACGCAGAGGUGCGAGAGCGUGUCAGCCGCCACUAUCCCAAUGAGCUGCAUUCGCUGGAGCAGGGCUUCUCCGGCUUCCGCCAGCGCCGCCAGCCACAGAUGCGCGCAUGGCGGCGCGAACUGAAGCUUACCCAGUCGCUCAACGCGACCCAGGAGGCCAAAUUGCACGAUAUCCUCGCCACCAGCAAGUGCUCCGAUGACCUCAGCUUCUUGUAUCUCUAA